UGUGAAAGGGGCGAUUCGAGGCGUAUACAGAAACUAUAAGUAGACGUUCCGUGUUGUUCUAAAACAGAACAGAACAGAACAACAUCAAACCAAACCCUAAUUUCAACUUCAUCUGUUUCAUUUGAUUUUGAUUCGAACUCAGACAGAGACAUAGCCUCUUUCUUUCGUUUGGAGAAACAAACCCCUCGUUUCAAUCAUUGAUCCUUUCCUGUUAGAUACGAAUUACUCUUCCAAUUUCAUCAUGGCCAAAACCUCCUUCAAGCUUCAGCAUCCUUUGGAAAGAAGGCAGGCUGAAGCUUCUCGCAUUAGAGAGAAAUAUCCUGAUAGAAUACCUGUGAUUGUGGAGAAAGCUGAAAGAAGUGACAUUCCUGACAUUGAUAAGAAAAAAUACCUUGUCCCUGCUGAUUUGACUGUUGGCCAGUUUGUAUAUGUUGUCCGCAAAAGGAUUAAGCUCAGUGCAGAGAAGGCUAUUUUUGUUUUCAUCAAUAACACUCUGCCUCCAACUGCUGCAUUGAUGUCUGCUAUUUAUGAAGAAAAUAAGGAUCAAGAUGGCUUUCUUUACAUGACUUACAGUGGAGAGAACACCUUCGGAUCCCACUAGGCAUAAUGCAUGUUAACUUCUGUAAAUAGCUCCCACAAAAUAUAAUUUCUCUGCACCCAAUUGUCAAUGCACGGCCUUUUGAGUAUUAUUAUCCUACACUUUGAUUAUGUUAUCUUUAAAUUAUGAUUUGAUUACCACGCAUGUUUUCAGUAACAUCUAGUUUCCUACUCCAAAUCUUCACUGGAUGAAUUUAGAUUUGGUUACCACGCA